CUCCCUGUCAGCGGAGGCUAAGGAGAUGGCUGCUGAGGCCCGUCGAGCAAAGCUCCACUUUCUCCAUCCUGGUCGUUGAAUUAUAGUGGCCGCUGCCCGCCCAUCCUACGUCCAGGGAGAACCCGUAGUCGAGAAUGGCGGAGCUGGCGGCAGGGGAGGGGCCGCUGCGGGGCCGCACGCCGAGCCCGCUCCCGCUCCCGGGGCCGCCCAGUCCUCGCCUGGCUGUAGCUCCCGCCUGUCCGCCGCGCAGUCCGGAGCCUUCAGCGCCCGAGAAAGUUACGCCGGGAGGCGGUGGAGGCUCGAAGUGGGUCCGGCUCAACGUGGGAGGCACCUACUUUGUGAGCACCCGCCAGACGCUCUGCCGCGAGCCCAAGUCUUUCCUCUGCCGCCUCUGCUGCCAGGAGGGGCCCGAAUUGGGCUCCGACAAGGAUGAGACAGGAGCAUAUCUCAUUGAUAGGGAUCCCACGUACUUUGGUCCAAUCCUGAACUACCUCCGACAUGGGAAACUCAUAAUAAACAAGGAGCUAGCAGAAGAAGGAGUGCUGGAGGAAGCUGAAUUUUACAACAUUGCAUCUCUAGUACGACUUGUGAAGGAGCGAAUACGAGACAACGAAAGCAGAACUUCUCAAGGACCUGUCAAGCAUGUGUACAGAGUUUUGCAGUGUCAAGAGGAAGAGCUCACCCAGAUGGUGUCUACUAUGUCUGAUGGCUGGAAAUUUGAACAGCUGAUCAGUAUUGGCUCUUCCUACAACUAUGGAAAUGAGGACCAAGCAGAAUUCCUCUGUGUUGUAUCCCGAGAGCUCAAUAACUCUACCAAUGGCAUCGUCAUAGAGCCUAGUGAGAAGGCAAAGAUUCUUCAGGAGCGAGGAUCCCGGAUGUAAACUGAGCAUCCAACACUAUAGAACUCCCAGAUGUCAAAAGGGCAAUCUAGCUGGGCAGAGCAUUUCUCCUGCAGUCCAACAUUGCUUUUGUACAGUAAUCAAAAUAACACAAAGCAAAGCUGAGCCUGUCCUGCCAGUGGAGAAUUAAUCCUGGUAAAAUCCAAAGGCUUUUCCCACCCCAGUUGCAGAAAGCAAAAUGGAAAGAAAGGACUCUUCCACCCUGGUAGCCCCAUUUCUGUUCUGCCUUUUUCUCCUUGGCAUUGAUAUCAUUUCCCCCCUAAUAAUAGGUGGGCCUACUUCUUGUUUUAUUGUGAGGGAUGUCCAGGCAUCAUUAGUCUGGAGUUAAUGAUGGAGAGCAUUGGUGCCGUUUCUUGUACCUAAGUUAGGAAAAUUGCCUGAGUUAGAUCUAAAUGAAAAAACUUUCCUUGGUGUGUGUUUUUAUUGGGGGGGGUCACAACCUGUUUUCAUUUGCUUUAUAUUUGUUACUGACUCAGAUACUUGUUAGGAACUCUAAAGGGUUGGGGGGGUGUCAUAUAUACCAAGGGACCUUGGCUGAGGAUUUUUCUUCUGAUAACACUAAAAUAGGAGCUUCAGGCAUUUCUUACAAUGUAGUUUGGUCUUCACUCAUCUUUACAAAUGUACAAUUACAUACCCCAACCUUAAGAUUCAGUUGUACCAUCUUUUAUUCUCUCAGUUUCCCCAGAAUAGCAGCAAUGAAGAGUAUGUCCCAUAUGUCUUGCCUGCCAGAGCUUGGAAUAUAGUCCCUUGGUUUAAUUUAAAAUUACUCUGUUACCUGGCAGAUUUGUUCCUGCCAAGUUCAGCUUUGCCUUGUCUUGUCUCCCAACAGCAUGAAGUGACCACCUUGAUCUCCUGCUGUCCUGUAUAAGCAGCUUUUCUUUUGUACUAUAGUUAAUUUGGUAGGCUUUAACAAUUCUUAUCCAAUACCCUCGGGGGAUGGAAGGUCCCAUAUUUACACAUGGUGAUUCUACACUUUCAGUUCCCCACUUCCUUUGUUAUGUCACAUUACCCAAAAUAACUGAGGGGCAUUGCACGGGUCUGGGAGGGGAGGGGGGUGCUGAAAGUUGCCAAACAGUUGUGAUGUUUAAUGUCUAGUGGUGUGUUAACUUUUUUGUAAACUUUUUUUUUCUUUUCUUUUUGGAAUGCCUUGAAUGGACGUGAAAAUGUUGUGCCUCUCUUGAAUUCUAAUCUUAGCCAAAUGGAACUUGCUGAUCUUAUCAGUGAAUUUGUGCCAUCCCUGAUCAGUGAAAUGUCCCUUCUUACUGUUGGUAAAUCGAAUCCUUUAAGCGUUUGCUGCAUGAUACCUUCCUGUCACAUCCUGGCUUUGUUCCUUGCUAGUCAUCUUGGCUUCUGGGCCUUUGAGUUAAGCCCCAAACAUAUUAAACCAAAGUUUCAGAUAAAAAGGAAUGUUUUGGUCUCCUUCAGGCAAUAAUGGAAUCUCCCUUAUUAGCCUAUGAUCGGAAGAUUCCUUAUUCCAAUUGGAGUGCUUAGAAUUUCCCUCCAAGGAAUUGCAGGCACUGUGUCUUUUCAGUGUUUCAUGAUAUAGGGUCACAAGGCUUCCCGUUCUAUUUCUUCCUUAAGGGGUGAGGGGGAGGACAGGGAGAGGAGGGCUGCUAAGGGCAUGGAAGGACCUCCUCAUGGAUGCAGCCAAGGAGUUCAGGUUUGGCACCCAAACCUCCCUGUCCCACAUCUUCCGUUGGUAAUCACUUUUUCUGUGCAUAUAUCAGUGAGCUUCCCCACGACUUUUGUCAGUAUACCUCCCUUAAAAUUUUGGAGGGUUAGGGUUUGAUUAACAAUGACUGAUUUAGUCUCUGUAACAAUAGACAGUGCCAAAGGUCGUGAGACUAAUUGCAUCCGUGACAGGCUGCUGAAACUCAUCUGGCUCCAUACUGUGUUGAAUGAAACCAACUUUCCUAUCCUACCCCGACCUUCCUGUUUAUGAUGUGUUGGUGUUGGCUCAAUUAGACUGUACGUCUUGGCUGGAUCUAACUUAACACUGUGAUGUGUAUAUAAAUCUGAGUAUCUUGUAUCUUCAGCCGAUGUCAGUGUAUGUCCACAACUGAGAAAUAACCAGAUGUGUGUAUGCUGUUAGACCGUAUAAGAACCACAAGUGUAUAACAUUCAUCAUCUCUCCUUUUUCCCCAGGGCAGGAGGGGUGGAGAGUGGCGGGGUAGUAUUAACUGAAAGAUGGAACAGGCUGAUGAUGCCAAGAGUAGCUGCCAUUUCCAACAUGGCCUAACCCAACUCAGUCUCACCUUGCUGGGCAUAUAGCAGUGUUAAGUGUGCUUGGAAGGAGACCUUACUAUAUAGCUUUAGUUGAUCAAAACAAAUACCUCAUUGCUUUAUUUUGUUUUGUGGCCACCAAAAAACACUGUUCAUGGAGAAGUCCCAUUAGAAGAGUAAUUGAUGUCAGGAUAGCAGUCUGAAUAAAAGGAAUCUCAUUCUUUUGCCUUUACCACCAUGCCAUUGGGAACAGAUCUAGAAGGAAAAAAGAUCAUGUUAAGAGACGAGCCAUAACUGUCAUGACACAGCCAGACUAGAAAAUGUUUCCUUGUACUAAGGUUGGAACUGACCUUCUCUGUGACAGUCAUGUAGUCCUGUAUGUUUCUAUCUGAUAAAUGGGGCAGACCUAUCCCAUCUACCACACUCUACUGCUGACAACUAGUGAGAGGUUUAUAGUGGAUUUAGUUCUUCACUGGAGUACAGUUGCCUUCUCUUUACCCUCCCUUCUUAAACUCAAGUAAUUAAACUUGUUGGAACCCUCCCUGGAAUGGCAAGCCGUUUAGUUGGAGAUAGAAACAGUAUUAGGGAUGAGAAAAGCUGUUGGCUUUCCCAGUAUAAGGGCUUGAAAUCCAGCUAUGGCGGGACACUGUUCCAGGUCAUCCAUUUGUGAUAUCCUUUCCCUGCCACAGCAGGUCACUCUCGGGCCCUGCUAAUCGAAACUGGCUUCCAUUUUCUGUACCAGUUGCACCUCUACCUUUUAUAGCAACAGGGCUUUUCCUUCCAUUUGCCUUUGUAGUCAUCAAAAUGUUCUCUCCUAAGCUGUAAAGCUGGAAAAUAAUUAAAAGUCCUGUUUCCCCAGUGGAAGGCAGUCAAAUUGGAGAAGAGAAGCAAAUGGUAGGGUUGAUGUGAAUUUGGGGGAUUUUGCAUCUCUUGGAAAGGUUUUCUCGAAACCAUUAGCUAGCCCCUGGGGAUCAGUAGCAGGUCCCGUUUCCCAGUGGUCAGUCGUUCCGUUAUAGCAAGGUUGGAGUUAACCUCUUAUAAAAGUGUCUUUGUUUCUGCACAUUCUUAAUCAGUUUUUCUCAGGGGUGACUGAGUGGUCCGAGGGGAGGAGGUUAUCCACAAUGGGGCUGGGGGUUGCUCCUCAGACCUCCACAGCUGGGCCGUGGGCUCCUCACCCUCAAGUUUUGCCUGCAGAGCUAGAGGUUUUGUACAGUUUGUCACAUGUCAGUGCCCUUUGCUACUGUUUCUCUUUGUUUAUUAAAUGUGUUUGAAUAAUAAUGGAGA